GCCACGGGAGCCCGUUGUUUUUGAACGGUUAGCCGACCAACUGAUUUUCAUUUCUCACCAUCGCUGCUGAGAAUAAUAAGGAAAUGGUGCGUGCGUUAGCAAGUAGAAACCUUAAUCGACGCCCGACCCAGUCUCGUAAAUUAACAAGACAUUAUUAGACAAAUGUCUAAGAGGACGGCGGGGCGGCAGCGUUAGGACCAAGCUAAUGCUGUUGUCUAGCUGGCUCUACAUUGGGUCCACUCCCUGUCCUACAUAUGAUAUGAACUAUGCCACCACUUCAGUUCAAAUACCUCUCUCUCUCUCUUUGAUUCUGCUCUCCUGUUCAUUUGAUUGAUCUGGCUCCCGAUUCCCCACCCCCUCUCCAGUUUUUGUCCGAGGGAGAACAUUUUGAGAUCAAAUACCAAAAGACGAAAAGCCAAUCGGCUCAUCUUUCCCAGGCUUCUGGAAGUAAUAGCCAAGUACGUGAAGCAAGUCUUGAUAUGGAAGAGGAAGCAACAGCAAGGUCAGAAACCCCAGUCAUUAACCCUGUUGAGGCUGCCCAGAGCACUGCAGAUCCUAUUCAGGAGACAAAUGGGGACUUGCAACACAAGAAGAAGGUAGGCAAGGAAGAAGAGGAAGAAAUCACGUUGGAUGGGGAAUUCAUAAAAGUAGAGAAGGAACCAUUUGAUGCAACCCAUGCCGCUGAAAGAGCAUCUGGAGAGGAGGAUAGGCCAUCUGAUAUUGAAAGAAGCUUAAGCAGUUCAACAGCAAACAGAGAAUCCCUUGAAACUGAAGAGAGGAUAAAAAAACUUGAGCUUGAAUUGGAAAAAGUAGCUGGGGCUUUAAAACAUGCUGAAUCUGAGAAUACUCAACUAAAGGAAAAGGUGUCACUGACAAGGGAGAAGCUUGAGGAAAGUGAGAAGAAAUACAAGGAGCUGGAGCUCAAUGAUCAGAAGUUACAGCAGCAGAUUGUGGAAGCUGAUGGAAAGCACAAUUUGCAGCUCAGUGCUUUGCAAGAGGUAUUGCAAGAUCAAGAAACCAAGCACAAGGAGCUGAUCAACGUUAAAGAAGCAUUUGACAGCCUCAGCCUUGAGCUUGAGAUUUCAAGAAAGAAGACGCAGGAAUUAGAGCAAGAGCUACAAUCUUCUGUGGAAGCAGCACAAAAGUUUGAGGAGCUGCAUAAGCAAAGUGGUUCCCAUGCUGAGUCUGAGACCCAAAGAGCUUUGGAGCUUGAGAGACUGCUUGAACAAGCAAAACUAAGUGCAAAAGAAAUGGAAGAUCAGAUGGCUUCUGUACAAAGUGAGCUCAAGGGUCUUUAUGAGAACAUCACUGAAAAUCAGAAGGUUGAAGAAGCACUUACAAGAACUGCGGCAGAGCUAUCUGCAGUUCAAGAGGAGUUGCAGCUUUCAAAAUCACUAGUAGUGGACAUUGAGAAUAGGCUUUCUUCAAAGGAAGCUCUUAUAGAUGAUUUGACGAAGGAAUUGGAUAUGAAAAAGGCUUCAGAGUCUCAGGUUAAGCAAGAUAUAUCCGCUCUUCAGAAUCUCUUUACUUCAACAAAAGAGGAUCUACAAGCAAAAGUUUCUGAAGUGGAAGAAAUCAGGCAGGUGCUACAGGAGGAAAUGAACAAAAGGGAGUUGGUUGAAUCUGGCUUGAGAGCUGAGGAAGCACGGGUUUUGCUGGUAGAGGAGGAAUUGACCAAAGUAGCCAAAGAGAGAGAAGUUCUUGAAGCAUCUGUAGUGGAUCUCACUAGUAAUGCAGCCCAGAUGAAAGAGUUGUGCAGUGAUCUUGAGACAAAGUUGAAACUUUCGGAUGAGAAUUUCUGCAAAACAGACUCUUUUCUUUCCCAAGCUUUGGCAAACAAUGCAGAGUUGGAGAAGAAAUUGAAAUCUUUAGAAGGGAUCCACCUUGAAACAGGGGCUGCAGCAGCAAAUGCCACUCAAAAGAAUCUGGAGCUAGAAGGUAUAAUUCAAGCUUCAAAUGCAGCAGCAGAGGAAGCAAAAUCACAGCUCAGAGAUCUUGAGACUCGUUUUAUUGCAUCUGAACAAAAGAAUGUGGAGCUUGGGCAACAGAUAAAUCUCAUAGAAUUAAAAAGCAGUGAUGCUGAAAGGGAACGGGGAGAAUUAUCUGGGAUGUUGUCAGAACUCAAGGCUACAUUGAGCAUGGUUGAGGAAGAAAAGCAGAUGCUAAAUCGACAAACACAAGAGUAUGAAGGGAAGAUAACCCAGCUGGAAUCUGCUCUGAGCCAGUCAUCUUUGCAGAAUUCAGAGCUUGAGCUGGAGUUGAAGAGCAUUGCAGGGAAAUGUGCUGAACAUGAAGGCCAAGCGAAUAUGAACCAUCAACGAAGUCUUGAAUUAGAAGAUUUAAUUAAGCUGUCUCAUUCCAAAGUAGAGGAUUCUGGCAAGAAGGUGAAUGAAUUGGAGCUAUUAUUAGAGGCUGAGAAGUACAGAAUUCAGGAACUUGAAGAGCAGAUAAACACGAUGGAAAUAAAAUGUUCGAAUGCUGAAGCAGAAUCUCAGAAAUAUUCAGAUAAGGCAUUUGAGCUUGUGGCAGAACUUGAGGGGUUCCAAGAGAAAUCGAUGAGACUUGAACAUGCGCUGCAAAUGGCCAAUGAAAAGGAAAGGGAUUUGACAGAAUGCUUGAAUGUUACAACUAAUGAGAAGAAAAUGCUUGAAGAAGCAUCAAACAAUUCCAACAAGAAGCUUGCAGAAGCAGAAAAUCUACUUGAAUUCUUACAGAACGAAUUGGACACGAUGCAAAAAAAAUUGGAAAGAUUUGAAAAUGACCUCAAAGAUGCUGGAAUGAGAGAGAGAAAGAUAGCUGAGAAGCUUCAGUCUGCAGAAGAGCAGCUUGAGCAACAAGGGAGAGUAAUAGAGCAAGCUGCUGCAAGAAACUUGGAACUUGAAUCAUUGCAUGAAUCCAUAACAAGGGAGUCAGAGCUGAAACUUCAAGAAGCAAUUUCAAGCCUAACCAGUAGGGAUUCUGAGGCAAAAUCUUUGCAUGAGAAACGACAAAUUCUUGAAGAGCAAGUUAAGGCGUAUGAAGAGCUGAUUUCUCAAGCAGCUGAUAGAUCAUCAUCUCUCAAGCAAGAAGUAGAUCAGAGUUUGGCGAGAAUAGCUUCUCUGGAAGGCGCAAAUGAAGAACUCAAAAAGAGAAUUUCGGAAACAGGAGAUAGAGCUGCUCAGUCAUUCUCUGAGAAUGAGCUGUUGAUUGAGACAAAUAACCAGCUUAAAAGUAAGAUCCAUGAACUACAGGAAUUGCUGGAUUCUGCUAUUUUCGAAAAGGAUGCCACUGUUCAACAGCUUACUUCUCACCUCAACACCAUUACUGAAUUAAAGGAUCAGCAUUCCCGAGCCUCUGAACUUCAGUCUACAACUGAAACUCGUGUCAUAGAAGCAGAGAACCAGUUACAAGAAGCCAUUGAGAAAUUUACCAAAAGAGAUUCAGAAGCUAUAGAGCUGAAUGAGAAGCUUAUUGUACUUGAAGGGACAUUAAGAACGUAUAAGGAACAGGUUCAUGAAGCUUCCACAAUGGCUGAAGCUCAAAGAAUUGAGCUUGAAGAGACUCUGCAGAGAUUAAAGCAUGUGGAAGGCAUUGUUGAGGAAGCACAAACUAAGUCAAGCCAAUUUGAAAAAGAGAAUGAGGGGCUAGCUGAGGUGAAUUUGAAGCUAACUCAGGAUCUGGCUGUAUGUGAGUCCAAAAUAAAUGAUCUACAAGCAAAGUUGUCUGCUGCCCUUAAUGAGAAGGAUGAAACAAUUGAAGAGCUUCAUUUAUCGAAGAAAGCAAUAGAAGAUUUGACGCAGCAGCUUUCUUCAGAAGGGCUGAAACUACAAUCUCAGAUAUCUUCAGUUAUGGAAGACAAUAAACUACUCAAUCAAAAAUAUGAAGAUGCCAAGAAUGAACUUCAAACUGUAGUAAUCCAGCUUGAAGGACAGGUGAAAGAAAGGCAAUCAGAUAAAGCUGCCCUAAAAGCUGAGAUUGAAGAACUAAAAGCUGAGAUUGUUGAGAAGUCUGUAUUGCAAGCUCAUGUUAAGGAGCUUGAAGAACAGUUGGUGGUAGCAGAAGCUCGAAUGAAGGAAGAGGUUGAAAGCAUCAGGGCAGCUGCAAAUGGGAGAGAAGCUGAAUUAAGUACAAAAUUGGAUGAACAAGCGCAUAAGGUUCAUGACAGAGAUUUAUUACAUGAAAAAAUGUUACAACUUCAGAAAGAGUUAGAUCUUGCUCAGAGGGUGCUUGCUGAGCAGAAAAAUGCUGAUUCUCAUAAAGAGUUGGAACAAGAGGAUCCUGCAAAGCACUCCCAUGAGGAGUUUGAAGCAAUGAACAAGAAAAUUCUACUUCUAGAAGAGCAAGUUCGAGAGCUAGAGCAGAAGUUGCAGUUGGCUGAUGCUAAAUCAAAAGAAAAGGACAAUGGAGGCAGUCCUAUGGAAUUGAAGGAUGGUGUAGAGUUGAAAUCCAGGGACAUAGGAUUGACCAUUCCAAAGCCUUCAAAACCUUCCAAAAGGAGAAGUAAGAAACUGGAAUCAGAUGCUAAAAAACUGGAAUCAGAUGCUCAGACCUCACCGUCGACCAGGCCCAAUACCCAAACCUCAGAGUUGUCUCCUGCCAUGACCUUGAAGUUCGUCUUGGGAGUAGCCUUGGUGUCUGUGGUGAUUGGCAUUAUUCUUGGGAAACGAUAUUAGCAUGGUUUGUGGUUUGGAAUAUAUAUUUUGAUUGCGCACCCUCCUCCCCUUCCCCUUUAAUUUAUGCAUGGCAGAUUGAGAGUUUUCUUUGUAUGCUAUAUGGCUUAGGUUUUGAAGAUGGCCAACGAAUUUCAUUUUUGCCUUUUGUUUUUUGGUUCAUGUAUGCAACACCAUGCACAAUUGGUUCAUGCAUCAUUCAAGGUUGUAUUUAGUUUUAUUCAAUGAUUUUAUUGCAGAGUUUUAUGA